AUGGCCCGGGGCGAGGACAUACGGGACUUUGGCAGCGGCCGCACGGGAAUGUCCAACAUACUGCGCACCGGCGGUGGCAAAUCGGCGGCAGUCGUAUUUGUGCUGGAUUGCAGCAAGGGGAUACUCGCGGUGCUGCUGGCCCGUUAUACGAUCGGUGUCGGCGCUCCCGAGUUGGUUGCCGGACUGGCGGUGCUGUGCGGGCACAACUGGCCGGUGUUUUUGCGAUUCCGGGGAGGACGCGGCAUUCUGCCCAGUCUAGGUACCCUGGCGGUAAUGGCGCCGUGGGUGGCCCUCGCCGGCGCGGUACUGUUUAUUAUCAUCACGUUGUCGAGCCGCUACCUGUCAUUGGGCAGCAUCGUGGGCGUCAUGUUUAUUGCGUUGCUGAGCCUGGCGCUAACCCUCUGGUGGGGGCAUCAUCAAAUCUACACGGUGUACGUAUUCGUGGGCGGCGCGGUCAUAAUCUGGCAGCAUCGGGACAACAUCCGGCGGCUGCUCAACGGCACCGAGCGCCGGGUGGGGAUGCCCGGAUUGCGUAACUAA